GUUCUCGACGUUUUUUAAUCAUCAUCCGGCUCGAACGGGUGUAUCUACUUUGAGGUUUAUUAAUGAGGAAGAGUAUUCUAUUUUGAUGGUUGGAUCUGAUGAAGGGACGAUUCGAUUGUAUUCUGGAUACGAUACACCGACUCCGACGCUGGUCUCAUCGUUUCGGGCCGUGUCACCCUUUUCGGCGCUUGUGAGUGAUUGGGAGCAGAGUUCUGGAGUGUUGGUGUGUGGAGGUGAGAAGGAGACUAUUCGGGUUUGGGAUGCCGGAAAAGAGUCAUGUGUCCAGAGUAUUUAUACAAAGAGUCAGGCGAUGGUUACGUCGCUUACGCUGGAAAAAGGGGGUCACCUCCUUGUAGCUGGAUACGACAAUGGAAAUUUGGGUGUGCAUGAUAUGCGGAUGCCUUCUCGGGAUAGUCUCGUCAAAACAUACACGGACCACCCUACCGCGAUUCUCAAGACGGGGUACCAAUCAACUGAAUUCUGUUCAGUCAGUACCGGCCAAAUCCGACUCUGGGAUAUCCGACAUGGGACGAACAGAGUUGUGGAGGGUGAACACGAUACGGGUGUGGUGGAUAUACAUGGAGUGGUUGGACUUGUUGGAUGGGGUACAAAAACCAAACUCGAUAUACGGGAGGCAGCUACUGGCCGCUCCAUCGCCAUGACGAGGCAUCAUGAUGGGUUCUUAUCGUCUGGACGGGCGUGGGGGGGUGUCACGGCUUUGGCCUUUCAUCCAAGGAGGGUGGUGGUGGGUGCUUGUGUGGGCGGUGUGGGUGUAUCGGUGUUUAGUGCCGAAAAAGGUGCAUAAAAGCAUUUUAGAAUCGAAAACUGUAUAUUUUUGUUUUUGUGUAAAUUUUAUUUUCGUACUGGUUUGGGGACUAGGCUUUUUUUGGCUGCUGCGUACCCCGCCUACCCCAAACAAAAAUAAUAAACAACAAAUCAAUA